AUGAUUGAUAGAUAUCACUUGAUCUUGCUCCUAGCUAAAGUUUUGGUUCCACGAUUCUUUUCCCAUCCCGGUUUUGAAUCUGGUUCCCAGGAUGACGAACAAGAACUGCUCGACACGGAAGAUAAUUUCUCAAAGGCCGUGGAAGAGUUGCGCGACGAGACCCGUUAUCUCACAGUUGCGAAAACCCAACGCAACUUCCGCUCGAGAAUAGCUAUUGUGGCUCAUAAGACCCGCGUGCUGUUGCAGGAAUCAGCGGAAAUCAAGCAUCAUACCGCAUCCGAAUCCGCCCAAACGAGGACAGAAAAGUUUUUGCUGACGAAGGAGAUCGAAGACCUUGACGUCGAUUCCGCCGAUCAACAGAGCAAGCAACGGCUAUUUCCAAACCUCAAGUACGAGGGCAUGAAUGAUUGCAUGAACUUGAUUCCAUACUCACACUAUCGCAUUUUUGAUGGGGAUAUCAAGAAUUUUGCUGCUGGGAGUGAUACCGACGAAAAUGGUGACGAAAGCGACGUUCAUCACCGAGCACAACCAGAUGAGGACUGCACUACAAACAUGAUUUCCAAAUGCUCGUAUACUGGCCAAUUAUCUCUGAUCCCCAGGAUCUUGAACACAGCGCAGCAUCAAGGGCCUCUUAUGUUGCCUUCUCCAUCAAAUCUUCAUCUACGACCCAACAUCCAUGACGAAACUCUGUCAGCGCAACUAAUCCUUGUAUGGAAAGACUAUGAUUCUAAUGGGAGUGAUGUAGAACUCGAAACGACUCUUACGGAGGCCCUUGAUACUACGCCAAGCUUCUUCUGUCUCUUCAUUGAUGGCCUCGACGAAGUUUCACAAGAAUAUAAAGCAUUUAGAUUGUUGCAACGAAUGGAUACGCCGAGGAGCGUCCCCAAUGCCAAGCUCUGCGUUUCAGGUUGCCCCGAGCCGGCUAUCAGACGAACCUCGAGAGAUCCCCGAAUCUGA